AUGACAACUCCGGUCAUAACGAAAUCAUCAGAGAAGAUUGCCAUGACUACACCGGUUGUGACAAAGGCAGGUGGGGAUGAGGGUAGAAUGGUGACUAUGCAGUUUACAUUACCGGCGAAAUAUGGGAAGGCGGAGGAGGCGCCGAAGCCGGUGGACGAGAGGGUGGUGAUAAGGGAGGAGGGAGAGAGAAAGUAUGCGGUGGUGAGGUUUAGUGGGGUGGCAAGUGAUGAAGUGGUGGAGGGGAAAGUAAGGGGGUUGAAGGAGUGGUUGGAGAGAGAUGGGCAUAAGGUGGUUGGGGAAUUUGUGUUGGCUAGGUAUAAUCCACCUUGGACUUUGCCCCCAUUUAGGACUAAUGAAGUCAUGAUCCCUGUUGAAUGA